AUGAGUGAAGUGACGAAACGAGAGAACACAAAUGGGGAGAAAAUUGACGAACAAAAUGACCCAAACAGUGAAACUCCUGUAACAGAAGAGCAGAAGAGAACUGUGAAGGUAGUUCAAGCGAUUGACCCUAAAAAUAUAACCAUAGAGACUAUACCAGCCAUUGAUCAGUCACUCAAAAAGAAACGGAACAUCAAGUUAGUCGACAAAAUCACUUUUGUGAUGGCGUUUGGUAUUAUCUUACUCUCGGAGUUUAUCAUGCUGAGAAGAGCAAACUUGAUCCCACUCCUUUAUCUCAUGUUAUUCAUUCCAUUGGUUGUUGCGAGGUAUUUAGUGUAUCGGAUGUCUAAGUGGCAAUUAUUCUUAUUAGAUUUCUGUUACUUUGCAAAUGCUGGGAUGUUAUUAUUACUCUUUUUGAUAUACCUCUUUGGCAUAGUCGGCCCACUCUUUGAAAUCAUCUUCAUUAAUAUGACGGGUCCAUUGUUACUUGCCAUUAUCAUAUGGAAGAAUUCGUUUGUUUUCCACGACUUGACAAAACUGACAUCCAUCGUGUUGCACUUCUUCCCAAAUCUGGUUUUGUACUAUUUGAGAUGGAAAUCCAAUUUCAAUAUUCCAACAAAACUCACAUUCUUGACUGGAUUCGUCUAUCCCAUCUCAUUCUACAUUUUGUGGCAAGCACUCUAUUUGCUGAUCACAGAAGUAAUUCUCAGACACAAAAUUUAUAAGGGAGGGUACAUGACAUCUAUUAGGUGGCUGUGCGAGGAGAAGCCACAUAUGCUUUACAGAUUCGUCACACAGACUCUCGGGUGGUGGAAAGACUCGAAGUUGAAAACUAUGGUGUACACACAAUUCAUAUACACGUUGGUCGCAUACAUACCAGCGUAUGUAUGUUUCUAUUCGAAGACCGCACACAGAACUUUUAUGAUAUUCACAAUCUUGUGGGCUGCUUACAACGGCGCCAAUUUUUAUUUGGAAAUCUUUGCCAAGAAGUACGACCAAUACCUCGAAAGAUUCUCAAUGGAGAAAGACAAGGACAGUCCUAAGUGA